CCUGAGCAGGACGCAGGCAACCACAGGAUCCCAACAACAGCAAUAUCCCAGUGAUGGCCUCUCCUAUGCAGCUAUACCUUGGCUCUUCUCAUCAGGGCUUUGCAUAGAACACAGACAACACACACCUGCAGCACUCAAGAAAACACAUACUCUCGCCCUCAGCCAUGUACAGCGUGGAAGACCUCCUCAUCUCACACGGAUACAAACUCCCCCAAAACAACAACAGCGUACCCUCUUCGCACCAGUCUACUUCUCUCUCUUCAUCCUAUGAGCAGCGACAACAGCGGAGCAAAAGCCGGUCUGAAAUUGGCGAUAAGCGCUCCGGUCACAUUAUAUCAAAUGGCUACAAGGCAGACUCGACGGCCUAUGUCAGCGGCAGCAGUGCAAACACCACCAAAGGCUAUCCUUGUGACACGGAGAGCAGGGACAGGAAACAGAGGACAGAAGGCGAGGGCAUCAGUAACCAAGGAGAUAGACGCUCACCGGGAGAUUCCCUGACUUCAGACAGUGGGCUCUAUGAUGGUCCCAGAGGGAUGUCCUCUCAGCCCAGAGGUGAGCGGGAUGUGGCCUACUGGCGGAGACGAGGUCAAGAUUUCAGCGUCCUUCUGGACUAUGCCGAAUUCAGAGAACACCAUGGUGGUGGAGGAGGAGUACGGGUUCCUGGAAAGGCAGAAGGGAUGCGUAGAACCCCUGAAAUGGCCACAGCCACAGAGGAGCAGUACCGCGAGAGACAGUGCAGGGCAGACAUGGCCCGUGCAAGAGAAAGAGAACUUGCACUGCAGCAGUGGAAGAUGUCGGCCGAGAGGAAGUACCAGAGCUUGGGUACAGAGGAAUGGCGUCCGGCAAUGGGCGUGGGUCGUCAGCCUUCUGAAGGUGAGGGUGAUAAAUGGACACAAGAACAACGGCGUCCAAGAACAGCAGAGGGUGCUGUUCCACCUAGAACCAAAGCCAAAUCCCAGUCACUUCCCAGAAUGGCCCUGCCCUCAGAUGGUCUCCAGUACUUCAGUAUGUCAUCCUCAACCCCUGACCCAUACGGGAGCUACCGAAUAAAUGGCCACCCAACACGAGAUCCUCAUGGACGACAUCACAGUGAGGGGAGUGGAAGGGAGCGGUGGGCUGAAAAUGGACGAUCAGGAGCACAGUCAGCCCCCCUACCAAAAGCCCGCUUUAGUCGGCCUCUGAGGCCUCCAUCAUAUGAGGCACACCAGCAGAUGCGUGGAAGUGUGGAAAUGCUUUCUGCAGACAUGACUCCCCGCUCGAGAGACAGAACUCCACUACCCUUCACCAGGCAGGAAUACUUUGCGCCGGAUCCUGGUGGAUCUGGCAUGGAACCUCCUGGUUACAUCCCACCGCCGUCCUAUAGAAGGCAGCCCAUCAGGGUGAACAGUAGAAGUUAUGCCGACGCCAUGGGCAACUACCAGUAUCGGGGUGAUCCCUACCUGCAGGGACCUGCCAUGGCUGAGGUUCAGCAAUGGUUUAUGAGGCAGACAGGGAUGUCCUGGCCAGACCAUCAUAGGGAUGGGAGAAGGAGCGUGCCCUGUAGAAGACAAGCUUAUCCAGGAUACAACGAAGAGCGUCUGGGUAAUGUGCAAUACAUCCCCUUUGAUGAUCCACGUGUCAGGCACAUCUCAGGAGGGGGAAUCGAUGGGAACUCCCUAACAGAUGCAGACAAAAUUAGGAAUAUCAGGAAUGAGAUGCCAGUUAUCCCAUUAUCUGAAAAGAAUCCAGAUGACAGUGCCUUUUUCCCGCCAGAAGUAUCCUUCAACAGCACAGAACCAAGUAAAAGCAACCUCAGUAAUUGUGUUAAUGAAGACAGCUGGCAAAGACAGAUGCAAGGAAAGACAAACUCAAACACAGCAGUGGACCAAAACUGUAAUUUAUACCCAGCUAUCCAAGAGAAUUCAAAAUCCCCCCAGGUGUCACAGCCAAGCUUCAAGCAGGAGCAAGGCUUCUCUGAAAUGAUAACGCAGGUUAAGAAAUUUGAGCCUGAAGAGACAGAAAAUAAGAAAUCCAGAAGGAAGUUGAAAGAAACUAUGUUCUGCCUUGUAUCUGUCCCCAUAAAUCUGCAAACAACCAAGGAGGCUGCCGAUCAGAAUAACAAUGAGAAAGAGCCAAGCCCAACUGUUAGACCUGUGGAAAAUACGGCAUCCCAGUCUCACCAUCAAAGUGUCUCAAAUACCUCAUCUAGUAUGAAGGAACUACAAACACAUUCCACCAGCUCCUCAUCUAUGAAAAGCCCUCAAAAUGCUCCUUUGAGGAAAGAAUUUGUGGAUGCUUGGUCUCUCCAAGAAAGUGCUGACAAAGAGUUAUGCUAUGCAGGCUCUUGGCCAGGGAACCAGUAUAGAAACCAAGAAACACAGACGGGUUCACCAGAGGUUUCAAGAGGUGCCUCCUCAUCAAGCACAUUGAUCCAUGGAAUGCUUGACCCCCCAUCUUCAGACACUACCACAGACAGUGGAGUGAGUACAGACUGCAGUGCCAACUAUGGGUUUCCCAUUAAAGGCCAGAAGAAUCUCAGCCCCUCUUGCAACAGUGCUUUCUCUAGGACCAGAGCAGGAAGCAGUUCCAGCCAGCCAGGAAAGGCCCCAGCUCAGCACCAGCCGUCAUCAACCCCACGAUCUCCAGAUCUCCAACCAUCCAACAGGGGGAGUGCACCUAAACCUCAGGUAGUGGAAGAGGCUUUUGGUCAGUUCCUGCUGAAACCAGUGGGACGCCGGCCAUGGGAUGCUAUUGAGGAGCUUGAAUCUAUCAACAAAGAACUGCAGGAUCAAAUAGGAAAACGUCCAAGUGCUAACCAAAGCAUAGAGAACCUGGAUGAGGCUUAUCAGAAUAUUGUGGAGAUGAACAGCUCUAACAGUGAAGUCGGUGGCACAGCGCACGGGAUGAAUCCAAACAGCCUUGAAUGGGAAACUAAAAGACCGAUAUCAAGUCCAGACAACAACCUGUCAGAGCAGCAUCUAAUUAAAUCCAACUUAAAUAUCAGGUCAGAUUCAGACAGUAAGAGCAUUGUAGUGACACAACCUGACAACAGAGAGGUGAGACGGGCCUUUUCAAGACCAAAGGGGAAGUCUCCAAAUUUGAACAAGCCACAGAAAGAGGAGGAUAUUGGCCUUGUAAGAUAUGAGGUCCCUGAGAUGUUGAGAGGUGACCCUGGGAGUCUUAGGCAAGAUAUUGCAGUUCCCAAAGAAUGUUUGUUAAAGGAUGUGGGAUUAACAGUGUACACAACAAUCCCAGAUACAGUCGAUACAGGUUCACCAGCAGGUCUUAGUCCAGAGUCACCCAUGCUUACCAGCCCAUCGGACCACUCAGAGUUGUGUGAGUCCUUGCCAAUCACACCAUCAGAGGGCAGACGCCAUCUAGACAAGCACAGUUUAGAAAUCAACACAGCAAAUGAACAGAGUUCAGUGAAGUCUGUUAGUCUCAACAAUCAGACCCACUUCCAUUCUAAAAUGGAGAAUGAGAGACAUAAUAAGAAAGAUAUCUCGGUAUCCAAUAGUUCUGAGAGGUUGCCUCAUUCUCUUCCUGCCAAAAGCUACUACUUCAAGUUUAGAACAGACUGUAUUCAUAAUGACAAUGAUGAUGAAACCUAUUCAGAUCAUCUCAGGUGGGAGAAUGAGCAGACGUUAGCAGACAAACACCUGGAGACACUUCUGAGUCAAGAGAAAGCAAAUAGCAUGGCAACAGAGGAUCUGAGCAACCUCUACCAGGUUCAGUGUGCUGAAGGGAUUCCUGAAAACGAGUCCAUUGAACAGAGGGCUGCCAGGAUACUAGGCAUUGCUGUGCCAGCCGAAUCCUUGGUUGUGGCACAGCAGGACGGUAACAAGCUGUCUCAGGGGACUCCUAAUUCAACAGAGAGUGAACUAGUCUUUAACGAAGCCACAGAGAAUGAGACCAGGCAUGUGAGAAGAAAGUCUGAGGAUGUAUCAGGGACAACCAUGGACACCCAUGGAGAAGCACAGAAUAUGGAGGAAGAGAUAGGAAGUGGAAAGAAUUUUGAAUCCAGUGUAGCUGAAUCCAGCGUAGAGGUCCACACAGUCAUACCAGUUUUUGAAAUACCGGAAUUUCCACCAGGCAGUCUUCCUUUGUCACUUCCUGCAACAGAAGAUAUGGAGCUUGCUUUAAGCGUAAGUGGACGUGAGAGGAAAGGUUGGAGCACUGGAAAAAUUGUUGAAGCACUUCAGGACAAGUUAGCAGCAUCCUCAUCCUCUCCCUCUUUAGGCAGUCAAACAGGGCCUGAGAGAAUAGCCCGCAUGAAGGAAGUGGACUCUGUGUUCCACAUGAAACAUCUCAGCCUUAAAAGCACCAACUCCACUGAGGAGACAGAGGAGGAAAUAGUUGAAGAUGAGACAGAGGAGGAGGGAAAGGAAGAGGUUGAGAUGGAAAAGGAGAUGAGAGAAGGACUAGAGGAUGAGAAAAAAGGAGAAGAGGAGGAG